AUGUCGACCUCGACGGGCAUUCGUGUCGGUCUUAACAAGGGGUUCUUGGUGACAAAGCGGGCGACGCCGCCACGUCCUUCCCGCAGAAAGGGGAAGAAGACGACACGUGUGCAGGCGAUUCGCGAGAUCAUUCGUCAGGUUGCUGGCUUUGCUCCCUACGAAAGACGCGUGCUUGACCUUAUCAAGAUCGGCAGCGCAGCCACGACCAAGCGGGCUCUUAAGUUCGCCAAGAAGCGUCUGGGCACCCACAAGAGGGGAAAGGCGAAGAGAGAGGAGCUCAGCAACAUCGCAGCGGCCAUGAAGAAGAAGGCCGCCGCAUAA